AUGAAGCUCGGCUGGUUGGAGUUUGUUGCGGCCACGGCCUCGGUAGCCCAGGCUAAGGACCUUGCGUACUCUCCCCCCUACUAUCCCUCGCCAUGGGCCGAUGGUCAACCCGCCGACUGGUCCAACGCGUACAAACGUGCCGUUGAGAUCGUCUCCAACAUGACUUUGGCUGAGAAGGUCAACUUGACCACUGGUACUGGCUGGCAAUUGGAAGAAUGUGUUGGUCAGACUGGUAGUGUUCCUAGACUUGGUAUCUGGGGUAUAUGUCUGCAGGACUCGCCUCUUGGUAUCCGUUACGGCGACCACAGCUCAGGCUUCCCCGCUGGCCUCAAUGUCGCUGCUACCUGGGACCGCAAGCUCGCCUACCUCCGCGGUGAGGCUAUGGGUCAGGAGUACAGCGACAAAGGAAUUGACGUCCAAUUGGGUCCCGUUGCUGGCCCUAUCGGCAGAUCUCCCGACGGUGGUCGCAACUGGGAAGGUUUCGCCCCCGAUCCGGUCCUGACCGGUGUGCUCAUGGCUGAGACUAUCAAGGGUAUUCAGGAUGCCGGUGUCAUUGCUACUGCUAAGCACUUCAUCGGUAACGAGCAGGAGCAUUUCCGUCAGGUUUCUGAGGCUCUCGACUAUGGUUACAACAUCACUGAGACGGUCAGCUCCAACAUCGACGAUAAGACCAUGCACGAGCUCUACCUAUGGCCUUUCGCCGAUGCUGUUCGUGCUGGUGUUGGUUCCGUCAUGUGCUCGUACAACCAGAUCAACAACAGCUACGGUUGCCAGAACAGUCACUUGCUGAACAAGCUACUCAAGCACGAGCUCGGCUUCCAGGGAUUCGUUAUGACCGACUGGGGUGCUCACCACAGCGGUGUUGCCUCCACCCUUGCUGGUACCGAUAUGUCGAUGCCCGGUGAUAUCUCGUUCGACGAUGGUAUGUCGUACUUUGGUUCCAACCUAACCGUUGCUGUUCUCAACGGUACCGUUCCCGAGUGGCGUGUCGACGAUAUGGCCGUUCGUAUCAUGUCUGCUUUUUACAAGGUUGGCCGUGAUCGCCAGCGCACGCCUCCCAACUUCAGCUCCUGGACCACCGACGAGUACAGCUACGCCCACUACGCCGUUCAGGAGGGCUGGAAGCAAGUCAACCAGCGCAUCAACGUCCAGCGCAACCACUCCGAGAUUAUCCGUGAGGUUGGCGAAGCCAGCACUGUCCUCUUGAAGAACGAGGGUGCUCUCCCCUUGACUGGUGACGAGGAUGUGGUCGGUAUUCUGGGUGAAGAUGCUGGAUCCAACCCCCAAGGCGCCAACGGCUGCGAGGACCGUGGAUGCGACAAGGGUACUCUUGCCAUGGCCUGGGGUAGCGGUUCUGCCGAAUUUCCGUACUUGGUUACUCCCGAGCAGGCUAUCCAGAACGAGAUUCUCAACCGGGACGUCAAGCACCCCGUCUUCGCCGUCACCGACAACUGGGCUUUGGACCAGAUGGCCUCCGUCGCCUCUCAAGCCGAAGUUUCUCUUGUCUUUGUGAAUGCCGAUGCUGGUGAAGGUUUCCUCGUCGUGGAUGGCAACGAGGGUGACCGCAACAACAUCACUCUCUGGAAGAACGGCGAGAACGUCAUCAAGACUGUCAGCGAGAACUGCAACAACACCAUCGUGAUCAUGCACACCGUCGGACCCGUCGUCAUCGACGAAUGGUAUGACAACCCCAACGUCACCGCCAUCGUUUGGGCUGGUCUGCCUGGACAGGAAUCCGGAAACGCCAUUGCCAACGUUCUCUACGGCCGUGUCAACCCUGGUGGCAAGAGCCCCUUCACCUGGGGCAAGAGCCGCGAGGCAUACGGUGCCCCGAUCCUCACCGAGACAAAUAACGGCAUCGGUGCUCCCCAGGUCGACUUCACCGAGGGUCAAUUCAUUGACUACCGCCGCUUCGACAAGUACAACGAGACCCCCAUCUACGAGUUCGGCUAUGGUCUGAGUUACACCACCUUCAAGUACUCCAACCUCCACGUCAAGGCCCUGAACGCCUCCAAGUACGUUCCCACCACCGGCAAAACCAGCGCCGCACAAACUCUCGGCGAAGCCGGAAAGCCUUCGAACUACGUCUUCCCCAAGGGCUUCGACCGCACCACCAAGUUCAUCUACCCCUGGCUGAACUCCACCGACCUGAAGAAGUCCGCCAACGAUCCCGAAUACGGCCUCGAGACCUCCGAGUACAUUCCCGAGAACGCCCAGGACGGCUCUGCCCAGCCCCGUCUCCCCGCCAGCGGCGGCCAGGGCGGCAACCCGGGUCUCUACGACGAGCUCUUCCGCGUCUCCGCGACCAUCAAAAACACGGGCAAGCUCGCCGGCGACGAAGUGCCUCAGCUGUACGUCUCUCUGGGCGGCCCCAACGAGCCCAAGGUUGUCCUGCGCAACUUUGACCGCAUUACACUGCAGCCUGGGCAGGAAGUCGUGUGGUCGACUACGCUUACCCGUCGCGACCUUGCCAAUUGGGACGUUGCUGCGCAGGACUGGGCUAUUACGCAGUAUCCUAAGAAGGUGUUUGUAGGGAGCUCGUCGCGCAAGCUGCCGCUGCGGGCUUCACUGCCGAGGGUGCAGUAG